UGCCACUUUUUUAGGCUCCUCACACCCGCUGGUGUGUUCCAUUUUUUCAUAGGGUGCUGGCAAAAUUACGGGUCCUCCCAUUUUCUGCUGCCAGGCCCUAAUCUGCCAUGGGCCCCCGAACCCCCCUCCACAUGGCGCUCUGCCAGGUCCAGAGUCUCUCAGGGUCCCUGUACGGCCUACCCCAUUGCUGCUGUCUCCAUCGCCACACUCUGCUGUGCCACUUCAGUUCUCCUCACACUGCUGGUGUGUUCCAUUUUGUCCAUAGGGUGCUGGCAGAAUACGGGCUUCCCAUUGCUGCUCUGCCAGGCCCGUAAUCUGCCAUGGGCCCCUGAACCGCUC